GUACCCGGACCGCAUCAUGGAGACCUUCUCGGUGAUCCCGUCGCCCAAGGUCUCCGACACGGUGGUGGAGCCGUACAAUGCCGUCCUGAGCUUUCACCAGCUCGUAGAGAACUCCGAUGAGUCGUUCCUGCUGGACAACGAAGCGCUCUACGACAUUUGCUUCCGAACGUUGAAACUGACGACGCCAACCUACGGCGACCUGAACCACUUGGUCUCUGCAGCCAUGAGCGGCGUGACCUGCUGCCUGCGCUUCCCGGGACAGCUGAACUGCGACUUGCGAAAGAUCGCUGUGAACCUGGUGCCUUUCCCACGCUUGCACUUCUUCAUGACGGGCUUCGCGCCGCUGACCUCCCGCGGGUCGCAGCAGUACCGAGCCCUGACCGUGCCCGAGCUGACCCAGCAAAUGUUCGACGCCAAGAACAUGAUGUGCGCUGCGGACCCCCGCCACGGCCGCUACCUUACCGCGGCAGCCCUCUUCCGUGGCCGCAUGUCCACGAAGGAGGUGGAUGAGCAGAUGCUUAACGUCCAAAACAAGAACUCCUCCUAUUUCGUGGAGUGGAUCCCCAACAACAUCAAGGCCUCCGUCUGCGACAUCCCUCCAAAAGGUCUCAAGAUGGCUGUCGCCUUUGCCGGAAACUCGACUGCCAUCCAGGAGAUGUUCAAGAGGGUGGCCGAGUACUUCACGGCCAUGUUCCGGCGCAAGGCCUUCCUGCACUGGUACACUGGCGAAGGCUCUGGGACGCGGUCAUGUCUGCGAUAA